GGAGCGCCCUAGAGCAGUGUGCACGCGAGGCGCGUUCCAGUCUGACAGCACCGCGUUCCCUUCAGGAUGAAGUCUUGUGUUGUGCUCGCGUUCCUCCUGUUCUCUCUCUUCUGUCUGAUGUACCAGGCGUCAGACGCGUGCUCGUGCGCGCCGUUUCAUCCACAGGACGCGUACUGUCACUCCGACAUCGUGAUCAGAGCUAAAAUCGUGGGGAAGAAGCUGCUGAAUGAUGAUCGGUUCGGCACUCUGCGCUACACGGUCAAACAGAUGAAGAUGUACAAGGGCUUCGAGAAGAUGCAGCACGUGCAGUACGUCUACACACACAACUUCGAGAGCAUGUGUGGAGUCAAGUUCGACAUCAACAAAUACCAGUAUCUGAUCACAGGCCGGGUCCACGACGGGAAGCUGUACACGGGGCUGUGUAACUUUAACGAGCGAUGGGAGCGUCUGUCUCUGGCGCAGAAGAAGGGCAUGAACCACCGCUAUCAGCUGGGCUGUGACUGCAGGAUCAAGCCGUGCUACUCGGUGCCCUGCUUCAUCACGUCUAAGAACGAGUGUCUGUGGACAGACAUGCUGUCUCCACACUUCAGUUACCCGGGUCAUCAGUGGCGUCACUACGCCUGCGUCCAGCAGAAAGAGGGCUACUGCAGCUGGUACAGAGGAACGAGCGCUCGCGACAAGCUCCUCAUCAACACCACAGACCCGUGAAGCGCUGGUACUGCGAGCCUUCAGCAUUAACAGAUUAAACAUGAGCUCUUUUAUAGUGAUGAUGAUGUGCUGCUUUAUAAACAUGAUACGGAUGCUUGCUGUUGUUUAUGUGCGUGUGGCAGAGUUACACGCUCCAGUAUCUAUUUAUGAGUCCAGAAACACGGAGAAAUGAUUCCUUCCUUCUUGCUGUUUAUGAUAUAAAGUAUCGGAUCGUGAUUAGUAUUUUUGUAUUACUGUAAAGCAGAGAUUAUAAACGGUAGAUCGAUCACAUCUUUUCUGCAUCUAGACCGAUGACCACGUGCGUCUGAAAGGCAUUUUCUGACGGGAGAGUCGAUGUUUGACAGAUAUGAAUCCGAUAUGAGUCUGAUAUAAAUCCGAUAUGAGUCCAAAAUGAGUCUGAUAUGAACCAAUAUGAAUCCGAUAUGAUUCAGAUAUGAUUCAGAUAUGAAUCCGAUAUGAGUCCGAUAUAAAUCCGAUAUGAGUCCGAUAUGAACCAAUAUGAAUCCGAUAUGAAUCUGAUAUUAAUCAAAUAUGAGUCAGAUAUGAAUCCGAUAUGAGUCCGAUAUAAAUCCGAUAUGAGUCUGAUAUGAACCAAUAUGAAUCCGAUAUGAAUCUGAUAUUAAUCAAAUAUGAGUCAGAUAUGAAUCCGAUAUGAGUCCGAUAUGAAUCUGAUAUGAAUCAAAUAUGAGUCCGAUAUGAAUCAGAUAUGAAUCCGAUAUGAGUCCGAUAUGAAUCUGAUAUGAAUCAAAUAUGAGUCGGAUAUGAAUCCGAUAUGAAUCCGAUAUGAGUCCGAUAUGAAACCGAUAUGAAUCAAAUAUGAAUCCGAUAUGAAUCUGAUAUUAAUCAAAUAUGAGUCGGAUAUGAAUCAGAUAUGAAUCAGAUAUGAAUCCGAUAUGAGUCCGAUAUGAAUCUGAUAUGAAUCAAAUAUGAGUCGGAUAUGAAUCAGAUAUUAAUCCGAUAUGAAUCAAAUAUGAAUCCGAUAUGAAUCUGAUAUUAAUCAAAUAUGAGUCCGAUAUGAAACCGAUAUGAAUCAAAUAUGAAUCCGAUAUGAAUCUGAUAUUAAUCAAAUAUGAGUCGGAUAUGAAUCAGAUAUGAGUCCGAUAUGAAACCGAUAUGAAUCAAAUAUGAAUCCGAUAUGAAUCUGAUAUUAAUCAAAUAUGAGUCGGAUAUGAAUCCGAUAUGAGUCCGAUAUAAAACCGAUAAGAAUCAAAUAUGAAUCCGAUAUGAAUCUGAUAUGAAUUCGAUAUGAAACCGAUAUGAGUCCGAUAUGAAUCAAAUAUGAAUCAGAUAUGAAUCCGAUAUGAAUCUAUGAAUCAGAUAUGAAUAGGGCGCUUCAUUCCUGCAUCGCUGCUGCUUUAGUCUCAGCCUCGGACGCAUGUUUUUAGAUCAUGUUAAUAUUCUGUCUGUAACACAAACAUCUGACUCUCACUGAACGCUCGUGUGUGUGUGUGUGUGUGUGUGUGUGUGAGAGAGAAAGAGAGAGAGAGAGAGACUGAUGACCAUUUCCAAUCUAUUCGAUUUUUAAUUUCUCUGUUUUAUAUUUUUAUAAUAAACGUUGUGAAAAUGGC